AUGGAGAAUAUUAAAGAGGAACAAGAGAAGUUCUGGUCAAGUCAGGAGGAACAGCAAUUUCACCAGCUGGAUGAGUCUGGUAUUAAGUUCCCUUUGAGUCUUGUCCCUAUCAAGAGUGAAAAUGAAGAAAAACCAGUGUUGCCACAGCUUUAUCAAAGCCAAUCUGAUGAGUGUGCACAGGCAGAUAUUCCAGCAAGCAGCUCAUAUGCACACAGAAUGCUAACAGCACAAGCUGAUGGAGGGAAUAAUAGAAUACCAGAACCGGAUAGCAACUCGGGCCCAUGUAAUGAUGGCAAGAAUUCAGACAUUUCUGAAACUGAGACUGAUGACAGUUUUGAAUGGUAUCCAACGCUGACAGAUUCAGAUCAACACAAGAGUAGGAAACCAGUUAGGUGCCUUGAGCAUGGUGACACUUGGAGACAAAGUGAGAAGCCAUAUGGCUGUUCUGAGUGUGGCGAAACAUUUGAACGACAAAGCUCUCGCAAAGCGCAUAUGCGAAUUCAUACAGGUGAGAAACCAUUUACCUGUUCUGACUGUGGUGAACGAUUUCGAAGAAAGCAAAAUCUAAUUGUGCAUAUAAGAAUUCAUACAGGAGAGAAACCAUUUACCUGUUCUGACUGUGGUGAACGAUUUAGAAGAAAGCAAAGUCUAAUUGUGCACAUGAGAAUUCAUACAGGAGAGAGACCAUUUGGCUGUUCUGAAUGUGGUGGAAGAUUUCGAGAGAAGAGCUGUCUUAAGGUACAUAUGAAAAGACAUAAAGUAAUGAAACCACGUGGCUGUUCUGAAUGUGGUAAAAUAUUUCGAAGACAGCACAGUUUGAACAGACACAUGAAAAUUCAUGUGAAGCCAUUUGGCUGUCCGGAGUGUGGCAAAACAUAUGGACAAAAGGGCUAUCUCAAAGUGCAUAUGAGAAGUCAUACAGGAGAGAAACCAUUUGCCUGUUCUGACUGUGGUAAAAGGUUUGGAAGAAAGGGAACUCUGAAUGUACAUAAGAGAACUCACACAAGAGAAAAACCAUUUGCCUGUUCUGACUGUGGUGAAAGAUUUGGAAGAAAGGACAAUCUAAAUGUGCAUGGAAGAAUUCAUGCCGGAGAGAGGUCAUUUGGCUGUUCUGAAUGUGGCAAAACCUUUGUACAAAAGAGCUAUCUCAAAGUGCAUAUGAGAAUUCAUACAGGAGAGAAACCAUUCGGCUGUUCUGAAUGUGGUAAAAAUUUUCGACAAACAAGUUCUCUUAACAUACACAUGAAAAGGCAUAAAGGAAAGGGCAUAGGACCCAUUCUAUUAAAAAGAAAUCAAAGAGAAAUGAAAAAGAGAGAGUAAGAAACUAUUUGGUUGUUCUGAGUGUGGCAAAAGAUUUUGAAGAAAACAGUCUGAAAAAAAAAUGUUUUAAAUUUUAUUUUCAAUUAUGAGAAGAUAGGUGAGAUGUUGUAGUAAGAGAGGUGUUGUCGUGUAUGGUUUGACAUAAAUUCCAGGCUGUACAGGGAGCUGAAAAAAGUGAGCUUUGAUUGC